AUGAGGAAGUUUAUCUUGGUGUCAGCUUCUCUUCUCUGCAGCCUCUUUUGGAUGGUUGGCUCUGAGUCUCACACUCUGGAGGUCCAGCCUGGUGAAGAUGUCACACUGCUCUGCUCCAACUUUACCAGUUCUCCUACUCAGAUUACCUGGUUUAAACUGGUCAUCAGAAGAGAGUUUCCCUGCGUGGCCCACAUGCUUCAGUAUGGUGAACCUGCUAGACUCUGCAGUGGAUUUCAAAAGGGAAAAUUUGAAAUGACAUCAAACAACUCGACUGUUUUUCUCCACAUCAAAGAAGUGGAUUCAUCUGACUCUGGGCUGUAUUUUUGUGGGUAUAAGGUGGGCAGAAAUCCAGUGAUUGUUGAUGCUACAUUUUUGGAGGUGCAGGAUGAUCUGGAUGGAAUGACAAAGCUGAUGCUCCUGAUCCUGGCUGGUCUGGCUGUUGUCCUCGUAAUGAUCAUCAUAUGUCUGGCUGUUAAAAUCAGACAGCUUCAGAAAGCUCAAAAUGAAGAAAAGAACCCACAGCAGAAUGAGGGUCCCGGCUCAGAUGACCUGAACUAUGCCGCCGUGACUUUUCAUCCAAGAGCAGAGAGAAACCACAGACAGGCUUCAGACAGAGAAGUGGAACCAGAUUGUAUUUAUUCAGCCACAAGACAGACAAAAAGCAACUGCAACUGAAAACAGAAAUAAUGCUUUCUUUUUAAUGCAACAGUGUGUUUUGAAUAGUUUCUAGAAGUGCCAACAUUUUAAAAAACUUUACAUUUAUAUCACAAGGGUCAA